AUGUCUUGGUACGGCGGCUAUGGCGGCUACGGUGGCUACAGUGGCUACGGAGGCUACGGGGGCUACGGUGGCUACGGGGCCUACUCUAGCUUCCUAGGCAAUGACUACUCAGGCUACUCAGGCUACUCAGGCUACUCCUAUCCCAACUACGGCGGCUACUCUAGCUACCCGUACAACGCGUACUCAGGCUACUCAGGCUACUCCUCUCCCGGCUACGGCGGCUCCAGCACGGGCUACAGUAGUCCUUACGGGUACGGCAUGUACGGACAAGGGGGCUACUGA